AUGUCGUUUGAAGUCAACGAUCAAGCACUCGAAGACGUCGAUCAUAACACUUUUUGCGAAGCAAAACAAAUGAGAAAGCGAGCUGAAGAAGAUGCCAAGCUCCUUGCCAACCGUAUCGCUUUAUUAAAAGCAGAAGAAGCUAAAGCUGUUAAAAAGCUUGAAGAAACUCGUCAGCAAGCCAACAAAAUACUUGAAUCACGAGCCAAACUCCAAGAAGAACAAUCCAAAAAGGAAGAAGAGCGCAAAGCCAAAGAGGAAGAAGAAAGGAUCAGGGCACUUGAAAAGCGAAACCAAAAGAACCUUGAAAGACAGUUAAAAGACUUCAAAACAAUGUCGCUCAAAAACCGCGUUCAAAAUGAAGUAAAAGCGCUAAAACAACGAAAACAAGAAAAUUUAGAAAAUAUAGAAAACCAAAAGCAGGAAGAAAGAGCCUAUAAAAUGUCAAUAAAACAAAAGGUCAUUGAAAUGAAAAAAGAAGCUGAAGAGAAAAAAAGGAGAAAAGAAGAAGAAAGAAGAGAGCAGAUGAAAAUGGAGCUAGCCAAGAAGAUUGAAGAAGAAAAUGAAAUCAGGAAGUUUAGAGAAGAUGAAAUCAAAAGAAUGGAGCAGGAAGAGCUCGAACUCAUUCAGAGGCUGCAAAACACUCAGCAAAUGCAAAGAAGCGCAUAUGAUGAACUGGAAUGUGCACUGACUGGAAGAUAG